AUGGCACCAACACAUACCAAGAAGGUGAGGCUGGUCCUGGCACAGUGCCCCGACUGUUCUCCCGAAAGAGCCGAUCAGCUACUUCAGAAAUAUUCCGGGCACAAGGAUGCCGUUGAAAAGGCGGUCAAGUAUUUUCAUUUCUGGGAUGGCGAGACAGAUGAUUCUGGAGCUGUUCGCAACGGUGGCCCGCAGGAAGCAGAACAACAGCUACGCCGUUAUCUUCGCCUCCCUCGAGUGACUGCGCCAGCUGGCCUCGUCGAACCUGGCAUGUAUGGUCCAGAGGUCUUCAUGCUGGAGAAUGUCGUCGGCGCCAUCCAACAAGGCAAAUCGGCAGAGACAGUUCGGAAAUAUCUGAGCUACUACCAUGAGCUCGACGAGGAUUUCUUGCGAGUUGGUAUCAACGCCAAGGUGAAGGGCUUCCCGGCAAUCUUCUACGUUGUCGAAAGGAACGACACGCAGUUGAUCAGAUACUGGAUCAGGUAUGGGGGUGACCCAAAUGCGACUUACGGACCUGACGCUUUCCCUCUCCUGGCGUUUGCCAUCCUCCAUCGUGCGCGGACACGAAUCCAGGCAACGAGAACGGUAGAAGUGCUGCUCAGUUUCGGUGCUUCGCCCCUUACCAUACCCGCGGCCUAUUACAUUCCGUUCAACCGUGAUCUACCGGAGGCUGGACCCAGUGAGGAAGAGCUGAGCGAAGACGGCGACAAGCUCUGGUGUACGCCAAGUGUUCGGAUCACCCUGGCUUUUUCGUUGAACUUGACCCAACGCUACCGCCUAUACCAGGCACGGCAAACAAAACCGUCCUCUGGCCGCGAGCGAGUACUGGUCCUCCGGAGGGAUGCCGAACAGAAGCCAUUGGUUUUCACUUUCGCGGGACCGAGUGGCCACGGCAAGACAGAGCUUGCGCGAAAGCUCGGAGAGAUCACGUCCUUGGACACGAUUAGUAUUGACUGCACCACGUUCACUCGAGAGGAUGAGCUCUUUGGUCCAAGGGCUCCGUAUCAUGGCCACACGUCGGGCUCUCUUUUGAACAACUUCCUCGCGAGAAAUUCGGGAAAGACGUCCAUCGUGUUCCUAGAUGAGUUUGAGAAGACGACUGAGACGAUCCACAACACGUUGCUGGUCCCCUUUGAUCAAGGGGAGUAUAAGGAUCGACGGAACUCGGUGGACAUCCUUUGCUCCAACACGAUAUGGAUACUAGCGACCAACAUGUUUGACCCAGUCAUCCAUAAGUUCUGUGAAGCCAACGAGGAUGUGCUGUUCAAGUCUGACGACGAGGCUGCUCAGACAAGGGUAGUGGAGAAGCUUCGUCGGCAGUUGCGCAACGAGUGCAUAACCCAUUUUGGGCGGCCGUCAACAGGGCGCAUCUCUGAGAGAAUCCCGUUCUUGAUCUUCUCCCCGGACGAGCAGGCAGUAGUUGCUCAUAAGCACCUGAUGGAGUUGGAGGAGAGACUCGCACGGCCGAUCGUCGUCUCUCGGAGCAGUCAACGGGACAAUUUGGUCGGCAACGUUCGACUGGAUAUCCUGAACGAUUCGACGAUCUGCUCAAGCAUCGCACGGGACAGUUAUGUCCCGCAGCUAGGCGCGAGGUCCAUCUUCAAUGGCGCCGACGACGUGGUCACAGCGCCACUGGUGAGCCGCUACCUGAGCGACGGCGAUGACUUCACCGAGGAGCAGGAGGAGACUCAGUUCAGAAUUGGUGUCGAUGCUGACGAGGAAGUCGAGGUAUGGCUCGUACCCAAGGUGAGCGACAGGAAGGAGCCGCAGAUGAAAGGGCAGCUUUGA